AUGUUCUUCUUCAGCUACAGCCUUCCCUUCACUGUGACGAGGGCAUACCUCUACUCCUUUGUGGCCGGCGUUUCCAUCUUCCUAGUGCUUCUGUUUUGGUCCUUCUUCCUCUUUGACAAGAUCUACAACUAUCUUCUUCCGAUUCCCACCAUCAUCGUUCCCUUGAACUUCAACUAUGAGUAUAUCUACAACAGGGUCUCGCCCUUUGUGUUGGUCGACUUGAACCACAUAGAGGACAGCAUUCUAAACCUUGUCACCUUCAACAACCACUACAACUUCAAUUUCAACUUCCAGUCCUACUGCGAUUUCAGUAAGUUCGCCUACUUGCCUUUGAUGAUCAAGUUUUCCAUUUUGAACAACGAACUUGUGGACGACUUGGUUCUAAACUAUCAAUUGAACAAUAACAAAAACAGAGACUUUACACACACUCAUGAACAUUACAACAACGACAAUACCGACUAUGCAAGGGCCUCUCAGAUCGUGAAUUCAUGGCCUCUAACCAGCUCUAUUCUCGUCAACGACAAUCUUAAUAACAAUGGCAACAUAUUGGUUUCGAUACUCCACAACUUCCUAGUAUCCUGUUCAAACACUCAAAACAACCAUAAUAACUACAAUGGUAUCAACAACAAUAAUAAUGUUAUUGAAAACCAGUUCUUACCCCCAAUUUUGAAAUCCUUUUUACCUCCAAUAAUUUACAAUUUUCCAAAUAACUUGAUCAAUUAUUUCACUAGUUUCAACAGCAAAAAUCAUCAUAAUGAUUUGAACUUGAACUCUUACUCCUUAGACUUAUUAAGGGAUUACAAAUUUGAUAUCAAAAACUUGCCAUUUUUGAAAAAUUCUUCGGUUUUAAUUGAAUUCAACAACCCAAAUAUCAUCUUAGAUAACAUAAAUUCAAUUUUGAAAAUCAAUUUAAAUUAUAAAGGUUUAAGAUAUUAUCUCCAUAACUUUAAAGUAUUCUCCUAUAUCACUGGCAUCUCCCUAAUUUGGUUCGUCUCCAUCUUGAUCUACUUAUUAUUCAUCAUCUCUUUCAAUUACUACAAAAACACUAGAUCUAGGAACUCAAAUACUAUUCUCUCAAAACAUUAG